AUGUCAAGAAAGAAACACUUGAAGGCUGGACUGGAAGAACCACGGACAUCAGAGGACGCGAAACGAUUAAGCGUUCCGAGUGACCUGGAAUCCUGUCCUGCCGUACCCGUCAACCGUCUCGAUACAAUGGCUCCUCCAUAUUUGCCCGUUUCAUCACAGCAACCUCUAUUGACGCCCACAAUCGAGAACAUUCGAAGCCCAGUAGUCCCAAGUAGGAGUGUUCCAAGUCAACCCUCAAAAUCCAUCGCCCUUCAUCCAGGUGUUUCCACAUUUAUGGGCUUGCCAAAAACCAACAAGGCCCUGAACAAUAUGCAGUUGUAUAAUUUGGACUGUCCAAAUAAUGAACUGCGUCGAGUACAGAAGUUAUCUGUUUUAUAUUCGAAGGUAAGGCCUGUAGUUGUAUCGUUUCCUUCUAACACUCUGCAGUUUAUCAUUUCCCGUGGACCUAAAGGCUUUGGCUUUACUCUUUCUGGUGGUUGUCCGGUGUACGUGAGUUAUGUGGAACCGGGGUCACCAGCGCUGCAGUGCGGCGUGAAAGCUGGAGACUACAUCAUGGCUGUCGAUCGAUUUAACGUGUCGCGAUCAAGUGCUGACAGCGUUGUCCGGCUGUUCAGAUCGGCUCAAAAUUCCGUUUGCGUCACCAUUUGCCGAUCGAUAACUUACAACGUUCAACUACUGCCAACCUCACGGUCUAGUGGCGUCAAAUCAUUGUGUAAUUUUCUCCCUAGUAGUUGCUUCUCCUACGCAAAGAGGAGUGAGUCUAACGGACAGCCACAAGCAAACAUCGAAGUAGCGCCAAACUCUUACGCGCAGCUUCUACCGGAUGGUUGUCCAACAUUCACCGCCCUGAACAACCGACUGAUCCCAGUGUUUCAACCAAACACCCAACAAUCAUUCUCGAAUCCCACGAAUAACGCCUUCGGUCUCCCAAACUCCCACUCUUCAUAUCACGUGACGAACACUGCAGAUAAUCCACUUUCGCCCAGACUACCCAGCUCAAAAACAGAGAACCGGUUGAUGGAGUUGGGGAGUUACGUUCGACCUAACUCACCUAACCUCAAUUCCGUAUCGACCUACUCGCAGCAGACGAAUGAGACGAACUCCCCGGGAUUUUGGGAGACACCCGUGGACUUGAAUUUGAAGGAUCAGUGCAAUGACUCACAUCCAAACACAUCCUCGAUGAAUCCGACAGCGGUCCGUCUGCCCAAAUCAAAAUCCAACUUUACAGUAUGUUCAUCCACUGGACCCACAGAAGCCACCACCCGACAAGCCUGUCCCACGAUUUUUCAAAACGCACGUGCACAGCUGAAGAGCCCUGUGUGUAUUGACCCGCACGGUCAACCAAUUGUGAACUGUUUGAAAUACGUCAGUCACGUACAACCGGUGGACUUCCGGGUCUAUUCUGCGCGUUUGGAACACUAUGGUUGCCUUAACUUGCUCGAAUACUCCAGCUGUUCUAAAGUAGAUUUACUCAUGUUCCCCGAGUUGCUCCUGAUUGCCCAACGAGCCCCGAACCGGUUCUUCACUGUGAUCAAAGAUCCCAUCUACAAUACAAAAAUCUGCUACGUCAACAUACCUCCAUAUGCUUCAG